UCCUCCAGACCAGGGAGUUCACGGUGAAGGUCAGGCGGGCUGCUGCUCCUCCUCAGCAGAAAGCACCUGUUUCAUAUUUCUUUUGUUGGCGGAUGAUUUCAUCUUCUUUUAGAAAUGAGCAGAAGGAUGCAGUUUCCAUGGCAGGAACUCAUUUUUAUACUCACAGUGCUUCCCUGCUGCUGGAGUUUACAAGUGUCUAUUCAAAGCAAAGAAUACAAAGUUGCCAAGGGAAAAGACGUUACAUUAGUCUGUUCUUUUGUCCCUGCUGUUCCGGUGACGGACAAUUUUUUCCUCUCAUGGGACACUCAACCCGACGUUCACGGUGAACCACUGAAAGCUGUGGCCUCCUACUUUCUGAACAAGCCUGUUGUGAUUUCGCCCUCGUAUGAAGGCAAAGCCUUCCUGGAGAUUGACAUUCGUGGGGGAACAAGCAAACUCCGCUUAACACAAUUGACCAUGAAGGACAGUCGCCUUUACCAGUGCAGUGUCAGAAUAUACGGGGAUGAUGGAACAACAGCUGCUACCACUUCUCUUCUGGUCCUGGAGCCUCCUUCUCCACCAGCCUGUAAACUUCAUGGACGAGCAGAGUAUUUUCACAACGUUAACCUUACCUGUGAGUCUGCGGAGGGCUCCCCAAAACCGGUCUAUCAGUGGACAACCUACAGUGUUGAAAACAUUCCCAGGCAAUUUGCACCCAAAACAACUCAAAAGGAUGGAGUUUUGUCUCUUUUUAAUAUUUCAAGAGAGACAUCUGGAUUCUUCAUUUGUGUAUCAAAAAAUGAAAUCGAUUCUGCCAGCUGCAACUUUACCUUAGCUGUGAUGCCUGGCAGUAUGAACCUUGGGUCCACUGCACGUAUAAUUGGGGGAGUCCUUGCAGGUUUGGUGGUUCUGGGGGUCAUCAUCUUCUGUUGUUGCCGGAAGAGGAGCAAAAAGGACAUACAAGCUGAAGAUUCUCCUGGAGAUAUGGUGUUUUAUGACAAAGAAGGUCCAGAAGCUGGAGAGCAGUACCAGGACAACAAGUCAAACAGUGAGGAAAAACCAGUUAGCCAGUAUGAAGACAAGGACAGUCUUCCUCAAAAUAAAUACAGAUUGCCAGGAAUGGGGAAAAUGUUGGAAGAUGAUCAGCACAGUUACAACAGUGGUAAAGACAGACCUGAAGAUAUUUAUUCUCAACCGUAUAAGAAAGAUAAACAAAAUCCCUACCGUGGAAGUCAAGAUCGGCUUGAUGACCCCCAUGAUCGCCAUGGAAGUCAAGAUCGGCUUGAUGAUCAACAGGAUCGCUAUGGAAGUCGCGAUCGGUUGGAUGAGCCACGAGAUCGCCAUGGAAGUCGCGAUCGGCUUGAUGAUCAUCGGGAUCGUCAUGGAAGUCGCAAUCAGCUGGAUGAUCAACGGGAUCGCUAUGGAAGUCGCGAUCAGUUGGAUGAUCAUCGGGAUCGCUAUGGAAGUCGCGAUCGGCUCGAUGAUCAUCGGGAUCGCCAUGGAAGUCGUGAUCGGUUGGAUGAUCAACGGGAUCGCUAUGGAAGUCGCGAUCGGUUGGAUGAUCAACGGGAUCGGUAUGGAAGUCGCGACCGACUCGAUGAUCGGUAAAACCAUUAUGGAGCUAAUUGUGAUUACAGCGCCAGUUAACACAGAAAUUGAAAUUAAUAAUUUUGAUUUACUGGAGCUCUUCUAGAAGUUCAAAAAUGUUUCACUAACAGCUUCUGGCAAGAUUUUUGGUUAAGACCAGGUCUGAGUCUUUCAGUGGUUCUCAAACAUUUUGUACCGUGCACCCCAUGAAGGAAAAAAAAAUUGGAAUAGGUGGCAAGAGCUGCAUUUUCCCAGCUUGACCAUUAUCAGUCUGACAUUUUGUCCCUGACUUAGUGACACCAACUCCAGGCAGCAACAUUUUUCUCCAUUAAAAAGAAAUACACCAGUAUUUCUUCCCUGGCUGACCAGUAAGGUGUGGAUUUUCUCUCCACUCUACCCAGUAUUUUGCCCAUCUUCUCUGGUCUAUCACAAAAACAAGUCCAAGUGGCAAUGAUGUAUGAACAUUUGUCUUCUCUGCAAUUAUUUAGGCCCAAAAUUUAAAAUUUAUGAAGAAAAAAAAAAGCAGUGGUCCUCUCUUCCAGGGAUUGUGCCUCACAGUUUGAGAACCGAACCAAAAUAUACCAAAAAUAACAAAUUAAAAAACCUUCUAACCCUGUUAAACCA